GUUCAUUUGCACUUUAAUUUCUCCAUUUUUCAUUUGGAAAUAUCCCAAAAACUGUAGUGCAUAGUUCAUAAAUCAUAUAUAUACUAGAAAAUAGAAAUGGUAAGAACACCUUGUUGUGAGAAAGUAGGUCUCAAGAGAGGGAGAUGGACAAUAGAAGAAGAUGAAAGACUCACAAACUAUAUUCAAGCUAAUGGUGAAGGCUCUUGGAGGACAUUACCAAAAAAUGCUGGGUUAUUAAGAUGUGGAAAGAGUUGCAGAUUAAGAUGGAUUAAUUAUUUAAAGAGUGAUUUGAAGAGAGGUAACAUAACUUCUGAGGAAGAAGCUAUAAUCAUCAAGUUGCGUGCAACUUUGGGUAACAGGUGGUCUCUAAUAGCAGAAUAUUUACCACAUAGAACAGAUAACGAGAUAAAAAAUUAUUGGAAUUCUCGUUUGUGCCGAAAAGUAGAAAGCUUGAGGAUUCCAAGUGACGAAGAGUUGCCACAAGCGGUUGUCGAAUUAGCCAAAAAAGGAAAACAACAACAAAUUAUCAAACAAAGACACAAAGGAAAAACAAAAAUUAGCGGUUCAAAUUUCAUAAGUGAAACUAUAGUUCACACUACAUCAUCAACGCCAAAUAUAGAGAAAGAAACCAUAAAUACUGUUCCGAUUGGCGAUAAUAAUGCCAUGGAGUUCGAUCAUAACGAUGAUCAAACGUUAUGGCAUGACGAUAUUAUGCUAAUGGACGAUGAAGAUGCAAAGUUGGACCAAGAUUUCAUUUUCAAAUGUUUAUGGAGUGACGAAGGAGAAAAUUUUGAAAUAAUCGAAAAUAACAAUAACAAUAACAAUAAUAAUGAAAUAUUAAAUGUGGAUAAUCAUGGUACCCUUGAUGGUUGGGAUUGGGAAUAUUUAGAUGAAAUGUUGAAUAAUGAAAUAGAGAAUAACAAUGUGUCAAAUAUUGAUCCCAUGAAUAGUGAUUUGGUAGCUUGGCUUUUGUCUUAAUAUAUGUAUACUCAUUAAUUUUCACUC